UAUAUAUAUACUAUAUAUGUAUUAUAUGUAUACUAUAUAUAUAUACUAUAUAUAUAUACUAUAUAUAUAGUUGUUUAUUAGUUCCGGUAUUUAAUCGGAUUGUUAUUUAAAGCUAUCUAGGCAACGUAUGUAUAUCGUAUACAUACAUUGUACGAUAUGAUAUACGUAAAUUAAUUAUAGACCACAUGAUGUGUGUAUGUGUGUGUAUAUAUACAUAUAUACAUGUAUGUAUAUAUACACAUACAAGAUACAAAACGCGUGUUCGUUGAAAAUCUUUGUACCCAGGAAAGAGAGAAGUGUUAUUUUAUGUGUGAAACGUGACUCUUUAUUUUCUAUUCCGAAGUCGUACAAUAAAAAAUUCCAAGGAGAAUUGUUUUUGUAAUACCUAAUAGAAUUUUUUUCAUUUGAUUGAUAUAUUUUCCUAUCGUUUCUCAUUUGUUUUACGAUCAUUCAUGAAAUGUUUAUCUUUGGCAUAAUCAUGGCUGGGCAAUGGGGUAAAAAAUUAUCAAAAUUAUCGUAAUAUAAAUACUAAUAUUUCAAUCAACAAUAUAUCAAAUCGAAAACGAAUUUCUAAGUCUGAGAUUAUUUAGCUAUGUCUGAAUUGUCGAAGAAAAUCCGAAAAAAAUGUUAUUAAAAAGCUUUGGAUAUCAAAUCGCAUCGAAGAAUCAAAAAAGAGGUUACAGAAUUACUGGCAUUUGUAAAUCUAAUUCGAAUAUAGGACAACGAUACGUGCUAAGGGUCAGUACAACGAGAGGCGUUCCAAGUACAAGUACAAAUUUGAAGGAAGCUCUGUGCGAAAAAAUUCCGGUUCAUUAUGAUCUCCUUCGAAAUUUCCGAAAAGAACACGGUCAGUCUGUGAUCAGUCGUAUUACUGUGGACAAUGUAUACGAUGGUCUUCAAGGUGUCAAUACAAUGGUCAGAGAAACCUCUGAAAAUGAUUCCAAGUAUGGGAUUAGGUACCGUGGAUUAACUAUCCCAGAAGUUUUAAAUCUUCUUCCACGUAAUGGAACAUCUCCAAGUGUUGAAGCUGUUUUUUGGUUACUAUUAACCGGCGACGUACCCACUCAAGAACAGACAAAUUCAUUGAUCAAUGAUUGGUCCUCUCGACGACAAAGAAGAAAAGAAUGGUGGUUAGGACCAGGUGGUGGAAUCGUUGGUUCCGUUCUUCAAAAUUUACCGGACAACGUGACACCAUUGGGAAGACUCUCGAUCGCUUUGACUGUUCUUCAAACAGAUAAACACACAAAAAAGGCUCUUCAGAACGGAGCUCUGAAUCAUACUCAUUGGGAGCAUAUUUACGAGGACAGCAUGGAACUAUUAGCAGCGUUACCAGCCAUUAUUGGCCUCGUUGGCAAAGGUCGAGAGUUGAGAAACGUGACGGAAGGAGGUGACUGGAUAGAUUUUCUUUUAGAAUGUUUGAGCAAUACUUCGGAGGAUUUAAAAGGCAGGACAACAUCUGUUGGAGAUUUCCUUCGUUUAUACGUCAGUUUAAAUGCCGAUGAAGAUGGUGGUGUACCUGGUGUACAUAUAACACAAAUUUCGGGAGCUUCAUACUUAGAUAUUAGUCAGGCAUUAGCUUCAGGAGUUUUGGUUUAUGAAAAUGAACCGAUUACGGGAACGAUGUUUCAAUACAUGGAAUUUCAAAAAAAAGUAAAAAGUAUUUUGGGUACUAAACCUAAGGAAGAAACAUUGAAAGAUUUUUUGACGUCUUUUAUUAAAGAAAAUAAAUUGAUUGGACAUAAGGAAACUCGAUUCCUCGAUUCACGUUACGCGGCACUUUUAAAUCAUGUUAAAGCAUAUUUACCUGGUGAUGCAGAAGUAAAGCUUUCUCAAGAUAUUACGCGAGUUUUGACAUUUCUGAUGAAAAAUACGAAAAACAAAAAUAUCUUUCCAGAAGUUAACAGCAUAGCUGCUCCAAUGUUUCAGUUUUAUGGACUGAAAGAUAUGAAAUUCAAUCAAGUAUUACUCUGUAUGUCACGCGCAUUGGGAGCAAUUGCUUCGAUUAUUUGGACUAGAGCGAUCAAUGCACCAAUCGAACAACCAAAAUCAAACAGUACAUAUACAUAUUUUUAUUCGCUUCGAGAUAUUCGUAAUAAAAUGAAAAAAAGGACUCGAAUUAAACAUUUAACAAAAUUUACUUCGUAAUAAUUAGUGAAGAUAUAUAACAAAUGAGUUACAUUGAGACGAUGUUGAGUUUAUUAUAAAAAAAAAAAAAAUUGUAAAUAUUUAUGAAACAAUCGUUAUAUACAUAUAUACACGUAAAUACACAAUUUCAUGAUUAAAAAAAUAAUAAUUCAAUGUAUUUUGAUAAUGAAAUAAAACAGAAACUUUGUAUAUGUUCGUAUUUGUUUGAAAUCAUGAUUACAAUAUGGCGGCUCCCGCCAAAGAAGCAUUUUCAUAAUUUCACAGGCGCUUCGUUUAUUACGUACAAGUUGUGUCCUUAUGACCACAGCAAAAUAACAAUCUGUUAAAAUUGUAAAAUUCAGUGAUAAAACUGUUCGUGCCAAAAUAACUAUCAUGGAUUUAAUUGCGUAUUAUUUAUUGUACGAUCUUUAGGAUGCGCAAAAGACGUGUUUACCUGUUAAGAACGGUUUGAAGAGUUUAUAUUAUCAGAAAAAGGAAUAGAACAAAAUUUUCAGAAACUGUAAUUUAUGGCAAGAAGAAUACCAUUUAAUU